AUGAACCAUUUCUUUGAUUCUUAUAACAACACAUCGAUGGCAUUAGAGGCAAGUAAAAGAAAUACCAUUCCGUACAACGAGACUCAGAACGUUGGCGAUAUUAAUACGAACAUGUAUAGCCAUAAUAACACAAACAACAGUAUCAGCGGUAACAAUGGCAGUAACAGUAACUGCAAUCAGGGGAACAAGGUCGGUGUAGAAAAUAAAACAGAACAAUUGGAAAUGUUUGUUGAGAACAUGCUAAAUGAGUUAAAAAGCAAAAUGCAAAAUUUGUCGAACAACUUAUUGAGCAAAGUGGACAGCAUGGAAAAAUCGCUAGAUGAUCUUGAAAACAUCAUGAUUGACUUUUCAAAUAAAAGAAAUAGUUGA